AUGGUGAAGGGAUGGAAUCGCAGCGUUUGCUGCUUGACAACUUUGUGGGCCAUGUUUGAGCUCCCAGGGACUUUUUCUUGCAUUUACGUCACCCUUGUGGAGCCGGAGCUCACACAAGUGGUCAGCACCAAUCGAGGCGUUUCAGCUGCCAGCACCCUCAGGAGGCGUCCCAAUUGCUUUAAUCUGCUGCACCAGCUCCAGUUCCUGCAGCAAGGGGGACUGUCAGCAGAGCAGAGUGUGCGGCACCUCAAGGCGCAAGAGAAUGUAGCGGCUUUCGCCAGUGCAUUCUCGGUUGGCGCCAAAGAGAGCCAAGCCGCAGUGAACUUACUCCAGAACAUCCCCGUUGGCAUCAAGAACAAACUUACUGAGCUAGCAAGGAAGUACACCCAAGCACGCUUCAUCACGCAUGAAUCCUUGGCGAUGAAUUUGCUGAACGUGGGUUUCAACAGACUUGGAAGCAAGGCCGCGUUGGAUUAUCCUGCAUUGCACCGCUGUUUUCACAUUGUGCAAUUCAUUAACUUUAUUGAUUCAAUGAUGUGUCUCAAGGAAAACUUGCAACGCAUUUGUGCUGGGUACAUGGCGUUGCUGGAUCAGUUCAUGACCAUGGUCCCCAAAUCCUUUGCUGAUUCAGUGAUACCGGAUAUCAACAAAACGUUUGCUAUGCGCCACGCUGACCACGACAUCUUGCACAUGCUGGAACACAGCGUACCACCAGCUGAUGUCACCAAAGUGGCGUUGUUUUCAAGCCCGCUGGCAAAAUUCAAGCAUGAGACUGUGACCACUGGCUCUCCGGCCUCUGCAGCCCUCUUCUUGCUUCCGCAGUGGCAUUCAUCCGCUCCUAAGACGGCCGUGGUGAAGCAUAGGUUUGCAGAGUGGAGCGGCGCAUCUUGGCUCCUGCAACGAGAUUGGUUGACAAAGGAGAAGGACGACAAGUCUGUUGACAUUCGAUACCUGGGGGUCUACCAUGACGCCGAUGCAGCUGUGAUGAAGUCUGCAAAAGAUUCUGUUGCUGGCCGCAUGCUAAGUCAGUGGUGGGACAAAAGCGAUGAAGCAGGUGCUACCAGCCGCCCCAAUGCGACGUUUGGGGUUGAGCCACCCAAGCUGGAGGUUUUGAGCUAUUCAGAUCAUGGCCAUCUCAGGAUUCCAGACGUACUCCAGCAAAAGUUCAAGCCCAGUCAUGGUGCAGCCUUGCAGGCCUGUUUGGAUGCUUUGGCUGAUGAGACUGCGAUUGCCAAAGCUUUGGUCGCUUAUCAUGGGGGGUCACCUACUACUACUAGUCCAACAAAAGCAGACGCUCCCCGAACUGUGGCCAACCCAGAUUGGCAAGGUGAAGCCGUUGUGAACUUCAGGAAGCGCCUUCAUCUGUCUGGGGUGCCGAUCACGGAUUUCGAAUCGAGCAAUUCGCUGGAUGCCUGCGCCAAGCUGGCCCGUGAACCGUCUCUGGAAGCGGCUGUGACAACUACGGGCCACUUGUUCUUGGUGAACAAAACGGAAAAGGACAUUGCGUUGCCUGCUGGAGAGCUCUUCGGAUUCAAUCUGGGCAGCUUUGUUGAAGUUGCUUCAGAACAUGCGGCCACUCUCGACGCCUCCUUGUCAUGGCUGGUCAGCGAUGACAAGCAGCUGGUCGCCUUGAUCAAAGAGGGAACUGACAAGGAGCUCAUGUCCCUGGCAGAAGUGGUUUGUUCAGUGGCCAAGAACAAGGGCAUUACAGAGUGCAAGAUCAUUGACCACGAACUCCAGCCCAAACUCAAGGCUCAUCAUGUCUAA